AUAAUUAUAACAUUUUCGGUUACCCUGGGGUUUGCUGUCAUCAGUAAAUCAUUGAUACUAUUAAUGAUAUCAAUGAUCAAAAUUAAUCGUACAAUACCUCUAUGUAAUGGUGACGGUAUCUAUCAAAUUGAGCCACCCCUGGACCGGGAUAAACGUUAUACAACUAUCUAUUCGAUUGAUUCACCCGAACGUAUAGCCUGGCUGUGGACCCUAUAUUUUGCUACCAUUACCCCGGAGUUGUUUGUUUGGUGCCGAAGCGCAUGGAUAUGUUUGUUCAAUACCUAUAGGCGACCCAAGUGGCGGACAUUUUUGACGGUAUUUACAACGGAAACAUUCAACGCAAUCGGCAUAUCUCUACUAAUUUUCCUUAUACUACCCACCAUUGACUCGAUUACUGGUGCUAUGAUAACCAACAGUCUCUGUUUGAUACCCGGCCUACUAUUACUAUUACUAGUGCUAUAUUCAACUGUACCCAACAAUAAUAAUGGGAAAAUAAUGGUUAACCGUAAAUGGCUAACCAUCAUAGCUUGUUUGAUACAACUGAUUGGCCUAAUAUGCUGGCCAAUUAUUAUCAGCUACACUAACCGUGGCUCCUGUAUGUACUACUGGUAUCUACCUGUGGCUAUGAUACUGGUAUCGUUUACCUGGUGGGAAAACUAUGUAGAUGCUGCCGAUGAUGGUGAUGAUCCCGGAGCUCAAGUAUCCAAUAAUCCAAUAAUUGUCCGAUGGCUGGCCACAAGUAAACAUGAUUUGCAAACAAGUAGAUAUUUUACAUACCUGAUCGUAUCACUAUGGAAAUGUCUGGUUAUCCUAUCGAUGAUGAUCCUAAUUGAAUACCUGAAUGAGGAUACGGCUACUGUGGGUACAAUGUUUAGCCGAUUUGGUGAAGCCUAUCGUAACUAUCAGAUAGCUAUCCAACGGGAUAAGUCCCAGUUUGACUAUCAAACCCCAAUUGAAGGUAACAAUCAUCGGAUGCAAAUAUCCGAUCCGUUAGUACCCGUUUGGGUACUAGUCGUACAGAUUAUGGCCAGCUAUAUGUGCUACGCUGUCGGGAAGUUUUCGUGUAAAAUUUGUAUACAGUGUGUAUCGUUUGCCGUACCGGUCAAUAUGGCCGUACCGUUUACGGUGUCGUUUCUAUGGGCUAUGGUUUCGGCUGCCGGUGAUGACAAGUGCCAGAUAUACACCUAUUGGUCAGGUUUUCAAUACAUUUACUGGUAUAGUCCUCAAGUCGACCAAUUUAUUUACGACCAAAACAACAACACCUACACCUAUACCUCAACAAUCGCUACCAUUAUAUGGCUACUGUCCCUCAGCUCACAAUUAUGGAUAGCCAUACACAUAUGGUAUCCGACCAGCGAACGACUGGCCACUACGGAUAAGCUAUUUAUUAUACCAAUGUAUAGUUCGGUAGUUAUCGACCAGUCAUUGGCUAUGAAUCGGCGUCGACGGCAUCGACAGCAUCGGCGGCAGCGUCGGCACCGGGAGAUUAUGGCCAACGAUUUACAGCCAGUAAUUCCAGUGGUGAUCCUCAAUGAUGGUCAACAAACCAUAGAAACAGCAGCUGAUGAUGAGGUACUGAUAGCUACCACUACCCCAACUACUAGUGUUAAUGUACACGAAAUGUACGAAACAUUUAACGAACCGAUAGCUAUACAGACUAACGGUGCUCUGACUGAUAGUAAUGGUGCAUCACUACUACCUAACCUUAAUCCAGGUGCCGAUGAUGCCGAUGAUAUAGUUAACAUAUAUGUAUGUAUAACUAUGUGGCACGAAUCCAUCGAUGAAAUGCUGCAGACACUGAUGUCUGUCCUACGUUUGGAUGCCGACCAGUGCGCCCGUAGACAGGCCUACGAAUAUUUUCAAUUGAAUCCCAGUCUAACUGAUUACUAUCAAAUUGAAUUCAAUAUAUUUUUCGACGACGCUUUCGAUCAGUUGGUUCAGGACAUUGAUGACAACAACAACACCGACAAUAAUAAUAGCCGUAUAAUCAAUAGGUUUGUCCGGCAACUGAUUGAAACGGUAGAUAAAGCGGCCAGUAAUGUACACGAAGUCAAUAUUAGGCUACCGGUGCCCAAUAUAGUACCGACACCAUAUGGUGGUAAAUUGGAGUGGACACUACCCGGGCAAAAUAAAUUGAUUGCCCAUUUAAAAGAUAGGCUAUUGAUUAGGCAUAGAAAACGUUGGUCACAGUGUAUGUACAUGUACUACCUGUUAGGCUAUCGUUUAGCUGGCAAACCAAUGGAUGAACGACGCAAAGAAACGGUAGCCAUGAAUACGUUUAUAUUGGCAUUGGAUGGUGACAUCAACUUUAGGCCGACCUCAAUGAAUCUGUUAGUCGAUUUGAUGAAAAAAAAUAAAAAACUGGGCGCCGCCUGCGGACGUAUACAUCCGAUAGGCGGGGGACCAAUGGUCUGGUAUCAGAAAUUUGAGUACGCAAUCUGUCAUUGGUUACAAAAAACAACUGAACACGUGUUCGGGUGUGUACUGUGCAGUCCCGGCUGUUUCUCCCUAUUCAGAGCCCGGGCUGUUAUGGACGACAGUGUUAUGAAUAAGUAUACGACUAAACCAUCGGAAGCCCGACAUUACGUACAGUACGAUCAGGGAGAGGACCGAUGGUUGUGUACAUUGUUGAUAAAACAAGGCUGGCGCAUUGAAUACUGUGCCGCUAGUGAUUCCUAUACACACGCACCGGAAGGUUUCGGUGAAUUUUAUCAACAACGACGCCGAUGGGCACCGUCAACAAUGGCCAACAUUAUGGACCUACUGGGCGACUAUAAGCAAACAAUUGCCGUCAACAAUAAUAUAUCCAAACUGUAUGUCCUCUAUCAGGCUAUGAUGAUGAUCGGUACGGUAUUAAGUCCGGGUACCAUAUUUUUGAUGGUUGUCGGCGCUGUCAAUAUUGUAUUAGGAUAUACCACUGACGUAUCGAUUGUCUUAAAUCUAAUACCUGUCCUCCUGUUUUCAAUUGUCUGUAUUGUUAUCAAAAACAAUGAUCAUAUAAUUUUUAUGGCAAUGCUAUUAUCUAUUGUCUAUUCAAUGGUAAUGUUGGCCGUCUAUGUGGGGAUAUCUAUAGAUAUGUUUCACAAAACAGUAUUCACACCGAACUCCAUGUUUUUCAUGGGUCUAAUGGGAUCGUUCAUUGUUGCAGCCAUUUUACAUCCACAGGAGUUUGGUUGUAUCAUAGCUAUGCCAUUGUAUAUGUUGCUGAUACCCAGUAUGUAUCUCCUAUUGACCAUCUAUUCGGUAACCAAUAUGCAUGUUGUUACGUGGGGUACCCGUGAGGUCAAGUCCAAGUUGACGGCCACCGUAUCUACCGAUGACACACAACAAUCCGAUAGCGACAUAACAGUAGCCAACAAACCAAUGGCCAACAAAUCAUUGUUAGGUUAUCUUAAUUUGUCUCAAUUGGUCGGCCGUGGAUCGGAUGGACGAUCGGGUUUCGGUAUAAUUACAUGUAUGUGCUGUUCGCCCAGUCAGCGACCGGAUGACGACAACGACAACAAUAGACUAUUGAAACAAACACUAACCGAAAUUACUGGACAGUUAGCUAAGGUAACCGAAACGGUUGCCUCAAUCAAAAGUUGGACACUUGAUCAUCAGUUUAUGGGUCAGUCGUCAUCGGAUAAUCAUCAGGUAGUAGUAGUAGUAGAGGAAGAUACUACCGGUGCCGGUGUUGGCGGCAAUGGACAGGAGGUGGUUGUGGGCGGAGGACAGUUGACUACUACUACUACUACUACUAAUUGUAAGCAACUAUUAUUGAAUAGACUAUUGAAUGAUGUCGAGGGUGCCGGUGUCGGUGAUGGACAGUCUACUAUAGCUGCCGACAAUAACCACCACACAACUAUGGUUACUAUUCAAGAUACCGGUGCUGUCGGCAGUGAUGGUAGUGUAGGUCAUACCCCAUCAUCAUUAUCUACUAUAGCCGAAUCCAAACAACAACUACCCCAAUGGAUAGUCGACGAUAGGAUACUAAAACAUUUACCUAUAGUUCCCCUCAAUGAUGAUGAACUAGAUUUUUGGCAAACAUUUAUACCGAAAUAUUUGCUACCCCUGGAUGACGAUCCCGUUGAACGGGACCGUAUGGCCAGGGAUUUACUGUUGUUGCGCAACAAAUGGGUGUUUACAUUUGGCUUAUUGAAUACUAUAUUCAUAUUGGUUGUCCUAUUAUUGCAAACGCACCCGGAGAUUUUUAAUUUUGAUAUUAAACUAACCAAUGAUGAUGAUGAUGAUGAUGGAUAUAAUAUAACCGGUUAUAAUAAUAAUAAUAAUAAAACCGCUGCUGAUAAUAAUAAACCAAUGUAUAGUUAUAUGAAAAUGGAUCCGAUAGGUCUAGUAUUGGUCGUAUUUUUCGGCAUAAUUCUGGUCAUCCAAUUGAUCGUAAGGACAUGGAUGCUAAUGAUGAUUAUGAUGACGAUGAGGAGGGUAUUGGAAAUAAAAAUCUUAUUAUCAAACUAACCAAACAGCUACAGAAGCUCAAGGGUUUGGCUGAUGAUGAUGAGGAGGUGGUGGGGAUGGACGACCACCAGAUGGG